CGCCCACAGGGUGGAACCGCCAAGCUAGUAGCAUUUUCUAGCUUAGCAGCUGCGAUCAGCACCAGGUCAAAAUCAAAAUACAGCCUUUCGACGCAACUGGUUCUUUUUUGUUGUGAGCUUUACAACUACACCUGGUUAUGAUUGUUUAAGGUAACAAAAUAUACACGCUGGUCAGUCGGGUUUCAGUAUAACAAACCGUCAUGGAUGCAGUGAACGCUUUCAACAUGGAGUUAUUCUCCAUGAUUGACAUGAAGCCUCCAAUAUCACGUGCUAAAAUGAUGUCAGUAACAAAAUCAGCCAUCAAAGCUAUCAAGCUUUACAAACAUGUUGUCCAGAUUGUUGAAAAGUUCAUCAAGAAGUGCAAACCGGAAUUAAAAGUACCUGGUUUAUAUGUGGUUGACUCCAUUGUUCGGCAGUCACGCCAUCAGUUUGGUGUUGAGAAAGAUGUCUUUGGACCCAGAUUCUUGAAGAACUUCACAGAUACUUUCCAAAACCUUUUCCGCUGCCCAGAAGAUGAUAAGAAUAAAAUUGUCCGCGUCCUAAACUUGUGGCAGAAGAAUGGUGUGUUUGAUAUGGACAUCAUUCAACCACUAAUGGAUAUGGCCAACGGUGUCAUUGUACCUCCCUCUGCACUGGAAGUUCCUGCUGACUCCCAAAUAGAGACACAACCUCCUGUCAGUAAUGCCUCAGUUUUACCUGCAGUGCCUCAGCUGCCCAGUCCUGAUGCCUUAGCUGCUGUAGCACAGCUGUUUCAGUCCCCCCAUGGUCAGGAGCUGCAGAGAAUGCUCCAGAACUUCCAGCAGGCUGACAAGACCCUGGCUGCCACCAUUGCAAACAAUGCACCAAACCCACCCCAGAUGCCAGUGGCCCAGCUGAAUCCACGCAGUGUACAGGCUGAAAAGAAGAGCUCUUUAGCUGAGAAACUCCUUGACCGAUUUGAUUAUGAUGAUGAACCUGAGGAUGUAACAGCUCCAGAAGGAGAUGUUCAGGCACAAGGCAUUCCUGAAAGUGUGUUUAACCAGUUUCCUGGCCAGAUGCCCAGCAUAGAUCCUCACACAAUGGGACAAACUGGGGGUGUAAAGCACAGUGGAGGAAUGAGUCAUGGUGAACAUCAUAUGAUACCAGAUGGAUACCAUUCAGUAAAUGAAGCUUACACUCAAUUGCAGGGAAAUUCAAGAGAAGACUCAUCGAUGAGGCGGGAGGACAGACACAGAGGCUACGGCAAGAAGUCAAGAUCUGGUUCCAGAUCUCCCAGGAGAAGAAGAUCAAGAUCUUCAUCUCGCUCAAGGAGGUCAAGGCAUCGACGUUCUCGUUCCAGAGAACGGCGUUGGAGGUCUCGCUCCCGCUCUCAGGAUAGGAGUGAAAGAGAAAAAGACAGAGAACGCAGACAGAAAGGUCUUCCCAGCAUAAAGAGCCAGACAAUCAGUGUUUGCAGUACUACACUUUGGGUUGGACAGCUAGACAAGAAAACUCAGCAGUCUGACGUGAUGUCCCUUUUGGAAGAGUUUGGUCAGAUUGAGUCCAUCAACAUGAUUCCUCCAAGGGGUUGUGCCUAUAUCGUAAUGGUUCACAGACAAGAUGCCUAUACAGCCUUGAACAGACUCAGUAGGGGCUCAUACAAAGUCAAUCAGAAACCUGUUAAGAUUGCUUGGGCUUUGAACAAAGGUAUAAAAUCAGCGCACAAAAAGUUCUGGGAUGUAGAGCGGGGAGUUACCUACAUUCCCUGGAGCAAAGUCAAAGUUGAGGAGUUGGAGAGCUAUCGGGAAGGGGGUAUGCUGGAUACAGAGACACUAAAUCCAGAGUGGACUCCUGCCAAGGAUCGUAACAACCAGGCAGCUCUAAAUGGAGCGUUGGAAAGUUUACCAGAUGGGACCAUCGCUGCUCACGUUCAGAUGCCUCCAGUCCAACAGAGAGAACCACUGGGAAGUCCACCUGCUUUUCCUGCCCCCAUCAUGCUGUCCCCUACAUCUAUGCCUCCAGGAGGAGUUCCUUUCAUCCCCACUGAGUUUGAUCCUGUAAAGUUGGCAGCAGCAGGAAGUGUAAAACCUCCAGACGAGUCCGCAGAUGAUUCUACAGGAGACCAAGGGCCUUCCUCAGAUGUCGGGAGCGCCACUCAGCUGAGGUCUCCUGUAGCACCGGUGAUGACUCUGCCAAAUCCUGCUAUGAUGCAGGGACCCAGACCGGGUAUGCCACCUCUACAGCCUCCUCCUGGCAUGCCAAAUCCUCACCUACCUCCGUUCCUCUCACCUCCAAACCUGCCACACAUCCCUCCGCAAAUGAUGCCCAGAGGACCCAUGUUUCCAUCAGACAGAUUCAGAAUGCCCAUGCCCUUCCCUCCUCGUGGUCCUCCUUUCCAUCGACACCCUUCUAUGGGACCAGAGGGCAUGGAUGAAAGGGAAGGGAGGCACUUCCGUAAUGGGAGGCCAGGGUUUGGGUGCCCACCCUUUCACAGAGGGAGGUGGUAGAGGUCUGCUGAGAGAUGAACCUGAAGGCGGAGGUCGGUGAACCACUGUGACAGAUUCUAAUGAAGGACAUCUGGUUCAAGAAGGACAACUGUAAACAAAUGGUGGUGAAGAAACCUCUGUUAAGACUUGUCACACCACCACAACCUUUUCUUUGUCAGAUACUGAAAAAACAAGACACUGUGUUCUGAAUGUGGUCCAUGCUCCUUUAAAUUCACCAAACAAGAGACAUUUUCCUGUACAUACUGUUGUUGCUUGUAGCUGUUUGCUAUCUUUUUGUAUAUUUAAAAUUGUGUAGUUUAUGCUUAAGUCCAAUCUUGGUAGGUGCAGAUAUAAACAAAGGCAAUGUCUGUAUUUUUGAGAAAAUUAGUUUUUGCGUAUGAAAGAAGACUGUAAAAAUGUAUAAUACCGUUUGUUGGUAUUUUGUUUUUCGUAAAAAUGCCUUUGUACCACACUGAAAUGUAACUCCUCACCAGAGAACCUUGAUUUCAUUUGAAGAUUUCAUGUCCUGCCAGUAGAGGGUAGAGUAAACUCUGUUUCCAUGGCCAACCUCUGUUGUACAUUAAGGUCACACCUUGUAGGAACAUGUGGAGUGAAUAUUAAAAAGAGGUACUACCAUUUCA